GCUGCCUAUAAGAACAAGCGAUGACACGGCGGUCUGCUCCUUUGCAGGUAGCCAUGAAGGUGAUCGCUCCUCUGCUGCUGCUCCUCACAGCUGGCGUGGUCAGCGGUGCGGAGCCCCCCAAGGCCUUAUGGCAGUUUGGCAACAUGAUCCGCUGCGCCCAACCGGGAGUUAACCCUCUCAAGUACAACGACUACGGAUGUUGGUGUGGCCUCGGCGGCACGGGAAGUCCACUGGACGACCUGGACAUGUGCUGUUACGUUCAUGACAAAUGCUACGAGAGGAGCAGGAAGAUUCCUGGAUGCGACAACAUCAUGGACCUGCCUCAUGUGCUGGUUUAUGAUUACACCUGCUCCAAUAAGAGAGUCACCUGCUCAGCCAGCAAUGCCAAGUGCCAGGCUGCAGCGUGUGAAUGUGACCGGGUGGCAGCUUACUGCUUUGCUCAGGCCACGUUCAACUCUGACAACAAGAACGUGGAUCCCAAAGUCCACUGUGUCAACUAAGCUUCACAAUCAUUGAAUAAAUAAUGCUAACACCUGAGAAUAUUUGA